AUGCAAAUCAGUUUACGAGCGCUUCCGCUCCCUGGGGAAGAGUUGACACUGCAGGAGAUGCCUCAGACUAGUAAUCUCAUUGCUAAUGACGUUUUUUGGGAAGUGCUUGGGCAAAUCCUGACGAUCUCAAUAAACUUCGACAAGAAAUCGAACCAACUGCGUCUGGUGAGUGGUCGAUUGGCACAAGGCGGUGACGCGAAGAAAAGCAUUGAGGGAGCCGGUGAGCUUCUUCGUCAGCCAUCGUUAGAGUCCGUAGCCUCUCUGGCUAGUCACGAUCCUCAAUGUCGUCCUCGAGCAAGUCAAGCCGGACCGAUAAAAGCAACUAAUGGUGUCGAUGUACAGAUUCGCUCUUCAUUAACCAAGGCGUUCUCAAAAAAGAAGAGCAAACAUGGUGGCAUUUCGGACACGGAGAGCUCACCUCACCAUGCGCUGAACACCAUCAGUGGAUCAUCGUCAAGAAAGAAGUUGGAGGAUCGCGACGUGGCUCUGACCGAUAUCCGAUUGGACGCUUUGGACAAGGCUCGAGAAGUUGACAUUCUGAGGGAAACUGUGAACCGACUGAAGCACGAGAACAAACAGCUGAAAAGCGAUAUGUCACGACUGCUUGCCGGUCGUGGUUCAAGAGCCUCUUCUCAAGCCUCUAUCCCUAUGCUUGGUGACGAAGACCCCGUCUACGAAGCACCCCCAAGCAGUUCCAGUGGCAGUUAUUCAAGUAAAAGAUCGUCGGGUUGCAACUCUGUGAAGGUGACAGUGAAUGUGGACUUACGUGGCGUUAUUAGCAACGCCAUCUGCCCAGACAAUGAGAUUAUCAUCGGCUUCUUGGCAAUACCUGGAAAAGACGUUGCCUGGGAGGAGCUUGACCAACAGAUAUUCUCACUCUUCGAGGCCUAUAUCGCUCGAAUAGAUCCAGACCAUCAUCUUGGCCUGCACUGCUCUGAAAGUGUGAUUGGCUAUCAGAUGGGUGAGGUGGUUCGCGAGAAGGGUGCCACUCCACCGGAUCAUGUUCCCGGAGACGUCUU